CAGUCGCAAUCGCUCGCUAGAACAAACCAAAACCGAAACCGUAAAUAUACGCGUAAUCGAACAGUCGGACAGUUGUGCUAUUAUAUAGUAUCUGUAUCUGUAGCUGAGAGUAUCUGAGUAUCUGUAGCUGAGCAUCGGAGAGUAUCUGUAUCCGCGUAAACUAAAUACAUCGUGUGAGACGAACAUACUUAUCGUAGAUAUCUGUAAUUUAUGCGACAUUCAAAUCGCUUUGAAUAUCCGCCAACAAAACUCGCUAGCAAAGAAGCCAACGCGACUUUUGGCCCAAGACUACAAUUCCCCGCCCAUCUCCACCGACUCGAUCGCCGUCUCCGUCACCGUCUCCGUCGUGUCGUGCACAUGUGCUCCAGCUUAAUGUCGGAACACGUUGUGUGAAAAUUAUAUGAAAAAAUAAAAGUAACAACAAAAUUCAUUUGAAACACAAGAAAGUUCCAGUUACAGCCGCAGCUCUAAAGCCAGAGCGAGAGCGAAAGUAAGACAAAGAGAGAGUGAUAGAGAGAGAGAGAGAGAUCUCAAGUUUGGAAGAUACAACAAAAACCCGCGCCGCACACAUGACCACCACUUUGAAUAUGGUGAAAACUGGCAAAUACGCCAAUGACAAGAUCAUUGGCGUGCGGCAUAUACAAUGUCUCCUGUGCUUCUUCUGCCUGACCCUCGCGUAUGCGUGGCGGGUUAAUCUUCCCGUGGCAUUGGUGGCCAUGACAAAGCCGAACGUAACGGACAACGGGAACAAUAGCUUAAGUGAUGGCUUCAAUAAUAGCUUAAGUGACAACAGCUCGGAGCAGCUGCAGCCACUUGGAAUGAAAGCUGGGAUUGAUUAUUAUACAUUCACGGAGCAACAGAGGUCGUAUAUGUUGAGCAGCUUCUUUUGGGGAUACGUUGUGACCCAAGUGCCUGGAGGAUAUAUUGCUCAACGUUAUGGAGCCAAGAUGUUGUUGCUUGUUGGACUCGCAUCCUGUGCCAUCUUGACGCUACUCACACCGAUGACACUUAAAUAUGGCGGCUGGCAAGCUCUGUGUGUGGUCCGUGUUCUGGAGGGGUUGACCCAAGGUGCAGUGCAUCCGGCAACGCAUUCCCUGCUCUCCAAGUGGGCGCCGGCCAAGGAACGUGGCUUAUUGGGCACCCUUUGCUAUUCGGGAGCACAGUUUGGCACGAUCUUGAUGAUGGCCACAAGUGGCUUCCUCUCGGACACAAAUAUUGGAUGGCCGGCGAUCUUCUAUUGCGGCGGAGCUUGUGGUUUCCUGUGGGUUGCCAUCUGGUGGUUUUACUCAUCCAGCGCGCCGGAGGAUCAUCGCAGCAUUACGCGGGAGGAGCUGAAGUUCAUUGAGGAAUCCCGUUCCGAUGGCAAAAUGCAAGAUUCCCAUAAGAUGGCGCCCACACCAUGGAAAGCGAUCUUCACCUCGAUGCCGUUCCUUUCUCUGCUGAUUGUCCACUGCACGCACAUGUGGGGCUUCUGGACGCUAUUGAACAUGAUUCCCAAUUACAUGACGUCCAUCUUUAAAAUGAACAUCAAUAGCAGUGCACUGAAUUCCUCGAUUCCCUACAUUGCAAUGAUGCUGCUUAGUUUCUUCUUCGUCUGGCUGUCCAAGGUGCUGCAGCGGCAGAAGUCCUUGUCGGUGUCCUUUAAUCGCAAGUUCUUCAAUACAAUUGGACACUGGAUACCGGCGUGUUGCCUCAUCGCUCUGGCUUAUGUGCCUUCCGAGAAACCCACACUCGCCAUUGCCCUGCUCACACUAACCAUUAGCAUUAGUGCUGCCACCUACCUGGGCUUUCAGGUCAACCACAUUGACCUCUCACCCAACUACGCGGGCACCUUGAUGGGACUCACGAAUGCGGCCGCGAAUGUCAUGAGUGCCUUGGCACCUCUCGCUGUGGGAGUGAUUGUCAAGAAUUCGGAUAAUGUGGAUGAAUGGCGUAUAGUGUUUUUCGUGGCCGCCGGCUUUUACUUCUUCGGCAAUCUGAUGUUUGUGAUCUUUGGAAGCACGGAGACUCAAUGGUGGGAUUCUCCGGUGGUGGAUGAGGACAGCAUAGAAGCGGGUAUGCCCCUGGCGGGAAAUCGUCAAAGUCCAGCUACACAGGAAACGCCCUAAGAUCCUUGCGACAUCCUCCUUCCAUCCACCCGAGUGCUGACUAAAGACUUUCUCAUGCAAAUAUCUAGAGAGAAGCAUGAUUUUGUCAUAGUUGUUUCAUAAAUUAAGUAAUAGUUUUAAGUGAAUUAGUUUUUAUAAAGUAAAGGACAAGAGCUGAAAUUGCCAUAAUGACGAUCGCGUGCUUCCAUUAGCGAUAUUAAAAAAAAACAACAUAUGAUAAUUGUUUAGUUGAUAGAUAAAGCAUAAAUUAUUAUUUGCAGUAUUUUCCAUUAUGUACAUAAAAAAUAACAAAAUAUAUAUAUCUAAUGAAGUAAAAAAACUUGAGCAUAUGUAACUAAUAGAGCUGCUCUUGUAAUUGUUAUGUUUUAAAGUAACUAUUUCGCUUAGGCAAUUAGUUAAAUUAGCUUAAAAUAUUAGUAAUAAAAAAUCAACCAACUUGUGAUGUACGAAAAAAUAUAUUGAACUAAAAAAGGCAGAAAUGAAGACCGCAUAAAAAUUUAUGCACAAAAAAUAACAA